CUAAAAUAAGCCUUUUCCGUAAAUGCGUUGUUACAGUAUUUUUCUACAUCAUGAGGCUUGUAUACCACAGCCGUGCAACUCGGCUGAGUAGAGCCGUAUUGGCUUCAGAAACAUUGAUUGGUACACCUUAUGUAAUUGGACACCUUGGCGCUCAAAACGAUAUGUAUAUCUCACGUCCUCUACGCUUGAUGUUCAUAAAAAACCGUGGGCGAUAUUUAACCACUUCAGUAUCGCACGAUGAUUUUGUGAAACAGUGUAACGAUGAGUCCCUGGACCACGAAGCGACAUCAUUUGAGGCCACUAUAAAGCCAUCGGGAACAUUAAAGCAAUACAAGGCAAAAAGUAGAUUUAGCGCAACUAACGUACAGGAACAAGAUAUGUAUUCAGCCAAGCCGGUGUGGCAGCAAUUGAAUGACAUUGAAUCCAAGUGGAAUAUGCACUUUCGUCAUAAAACACGUAUAGAUUCACAAAAGUCAAUAGCCAAGGCAAAGAAGAGCGUUGAAUCACUUGACUCUAUAGAGUCUAACGAGUCUAGACUAAUUGAUCUGGACACUUUUAGGUCUAGCACAAAACGUAGUGCUUCAGCACCAGAAAAUGUCACCGUAACUGAAUCGCAUAAACUAGAACCAAUGACUGUCCCAUCGCAUCGCAUUCCAAAAAGCAAUACACUAAAUUCGUUGUCCAAUGUAGCACCUGGAGACCAAUUAGUAAACGAUUUGCAUCUGAAGGGAGAUGCGUACUAUGAGGCCGUGCCAAUAGAUACGGGGAUGGAACCUGCUCUUGAAACAGACACGUUAUCCACAAAGGAGUUGCGACUGAAGGAAAGCGUAUCGCCAGAAGCUAUGAUUGGUCGUCUGCUUACUGAUUCUGAACGCAGUGUUCUGGAAAGCAUAAUGCCAACGCAACCAGCUGGUGUCAUUGAUGCCGCCUCCCCGGCAGCGGUUAUUGCUGCUGAAACAAAGCUGGAGCCAGAAACGUGGCUAAAUAUGGAUCCAGGUCACAUCGUGCUGCAACAGUCUAUCUUGAAGUGUAAAUCCUCUUCACAAGUGCUUGCUGCUAUACAAGAUAAAGUAACAAAGUUGAAUGCAGUGAAUGCCGCCACUGCUCUGCACAGAAUUGCUAGACAUACUACAUCCUACUCGAGGUAUACCUUAACUGGCAACAAUACCUUUGCCCAGCUUCUAUCGGCAGUUGAGGCUCAUAUAGCCACUUUGGACCCACAAGGCGUGACUAAUGUCCUGUGGUCUAUUGUAAAACUUAGGAUCCACCCGCAGUGGAUGGACUCUCUCCUGGUUACAAUGCAGAAGCACGUAAAAGAACUGGGUACCAGUGAGCUUGCCAGUAGCUUAUUUGCGGUAUCUAAGUUGGCCACCAUGAGCACUGCUGGCAUCGACCUUCGUGAUAUGCUCCUAGGGACUGUCCAGGAAAAGGUAACUCACUUCAGGACACCAUUGGAUAUAACAUGCGUGGCCACGGCGUUGGCUAGGUUAAAUGUGCGCAACCCGGUGAUAUUCAGUCAAUUGAGUGCUGCGGUGUUAGCUGUAAUUGACGAUUUUGCGAUGCAGCAGCUGUGUGGUAUAGCGUGGGCAUAUGCAUCCCUGGGAUUCAGUGAUAAAGCGUUAUUCCGGAAGAUAAGGCUUAUAAUAGAAUCCAAGGCUAGUGGCACUAACAUUGGGGAUGUGGUACACCUGACGUGGGCGUUAUCUAAGUUACGCGAGGCUGACCAUGAACUAUUCCUGUGUACGGUAUCGCCACUGGUUAGGUCACAUAUAGCCCACCUCAGAUGCAGGGAUAUAUCCACCAUUGCGUGGGCAUACCUCAACGCGGAUAUAGAGGAUACCGAUCUAUUCGAGGAUCUUGCUUCGGCAUUAUUGCACCACGUAGAUGAAAUGACUACUAGGGAUAUAUCUGCUGCAGUAGCUGCAUUCGCCCACAUGGCAGAGGAGCACAAAACGUUAUUCAAGAAGAUGCGUAACCGUGCUCAGUUGAUGUUAAACGAAUUCACGCCACUACAACUAGCUAAGAUCACUCGAGGCUUCAUUGCAGUGUCCGAUGAGCGGUUUUACAGCCAGCUGUGCAAGGUAAUCGAGAGUAAGGUGUACCUAAUGCUUCCUGAAAAUGUAGUUGAGAUACUAAUGGGUCUCAUGGAAGCAUCACAGGUACCUCCUUUACUAUUAAAGAAAUUAAUAGAAACUGUUUCAACCGGUGCUCAUAAAAUGUACGCUGAAGAUUGCCUUCUACUGCUUCAGGUUGCUACCACCUUGAAGAAACAAUCUGACCCUACCCUCAUGAGUGCUCUGGACAAACUGGCAUCAGCCAUGGUGGACCAAAUUGAACGACGUGUGUCCAGGUGGAGGUGCUACAAUAUUGAACAUAUAUCCUUGUUCUUCGAGUGUCUAGCUGCCAUGGGCAUUGGAGGGUCAAAGGGUGACUCUGCUGUAAGGACCCUGGCGAAACAUAUGGCGUCAUGCUUGAAUCGAUUAAUGAAUAAUAACGUAUCUGGUGACCAUAAAAAUAAGGUUAUCCAAGAAUACAUAAAGGCAUGUGCUGGCUUGCCACCACGUAAAUUGGCUAUUCUUUCGGCUGAGCUCUCCAAGAGUACUGAAUUCAUGCGUGCUAUGCACGGAGUGGUGGCAAGUCUAUCUUCGUGUCAUGACCUGGACGUGGUUGAAACCGUACACAACUUAAUUAAGAUGGGCUACAUGGACGACUCAGUAAUAGCCAUGUGCGAUACCGUGGCUGGUAUGAAUCAAAAUGAUGCCAACGCCACCACGCUGUCCAAGGCGGUUUAUGCAUUGACAGAAGCUAACCUGCAUCUUCCUUGGGUUAGGAAGGUUCUGAAAGUUGCCAUUGACAUGGAUGACGCCAAUCCGGAAUCGAUGAUAUCCUUAAUGUGGUCCUGUGUAGUACUAGGAGAGGAUGAAAUUCUUGUACAAAUGCUAAACAAGUAUGUGCCCACUUUUGAUGAGCUACCUACAGACAUGCUGCAGGCACAACAAGUGGCGCUACACGUGAUGCACUGUUUGAUGCCUGGAAACAAUGAAAUGUAUCCAAAUGAACUAGUAGCGACUAAUUCCCAGGAUGAGCAUGAAUCUAUCAGUAACUUAACAAAGUGGAAUAUCAAUCCAGAUGUAAUUACAACCCUGCAAGAAUGGCUUGAUUACCAAAGGGACGAUCUUUAUACCAUCUCACAGGGCGGUCGUAAGAAGCGAGCUAUAGAGCUGGAUUACGACAACAUGCUGUCGGAAUGCCUGAUACAAAUGAAAAUACCACAUAAAACCGUACAUACGAUACAGAAUGUUUACAAAGCCAGUGUGGCAUUCCCACUUGAACGACAUCUUAUAGAUGUGCUCAGCUUCAGUGACUGCUUCAUACCACACGGUAAGCCACGCUCUCGAGCCUUACUGAGGCAACGCCAACUGAAGCUUAUGGGUUAUGGAGUGGUGUCCAUACAGCUAACCAAACUAUACGAAUCAUCAAGAGAGGGCACUACAAGACAGCUUAUCGCAAAAGCACUUUCAAGCUUCUGUGAUGCUGCUGUAGACUACCUCCCUCCGGGUGAAUGAAUUAGCACCUGAUUAUUCAAUUAGUGUUAACGCAAUAUAUAUAUAUAUAU